GGGGCAACGGCGAUGGCGGCCGCGGCUGCCGAGCGGCUUUUCUCGCUGGAGCUGCUCGUGGACUGGGUGCGCCUGGACACCGAACUUCCACCUCGCGCCCCGGGGCUCGCCGUGGCUUUUUGCCUGCUGGACUUCCCGCCCCUGCUGGUUCUCCCGCCUGCCGCGCCCUGCCCGUCGGCUCCCGUACGCGGCGCCAUCAGCUUCCGACGCGGCAAGGCCUGCCUCCUGCGCCUGCGCCCCGAGGCCCUGCGCUGUCCGCGCCUGCGCGCCUCUCUGCUGCAGCUGCCCGGCGACCCCGCGCCCGCGCAUGCGCGUUCGCCGCGGCUGCUAGGCACCUGCGAUGUCCCGCUGGUGGGCGCGGCCGGGCGGGGGUCGUUCGUCCUGCGUGGCCCGACCGGCGAGCGCGUCGGUGACUUGGCGCUGUUCCUCCGUCUCACCGACCUGGGCCGCUCGCCGCCCGGCCCCGCGGCCUUGGAGCCGGGUGCCCGGGACGCAGGCCGGCCUGCGGGGGACGCGGAGUCCUCAGCGCCCCGGAAGGAUGUGGAGGCAGCCACCCUCCUCCACAGCAAGGCCAGCUCGGAGGAGGCGCGAUCCGUGGAGAACGCCAGGGUUGGUGACGGUGAUGUCGCGUGUUCAGACUUCGGCAGUGAGAGGAGCGACAGCCCCCCAGGUCCCCAGGAUGCCGAGCUGGACUUGGAGGCGAACACCUUUUGUCCUCCUCCCCUCUAUUACACCCACUUGACCCCAGAAAAGCCGCCUCCCGCGCGGGGCGACAUCACCAUUGAGCCGCAGAGAAACGGGCCCGAGGAAGUGGAUGGUGUUUCCUUGGAAACUGCGGGGGUAAAUCCUCCCUCGCAUCCGAGGCCUCCAAGACAUAUACCGUGUGCCUCAGGAGAGAGCCCUGCAGUGCCUGUAAAUCCUGCAUGUCCUCAGGGUGCUGGAGCAUGUAAUCAACCUGUGUGUCACCCUCAAACUGAACAAAGUACCAUGGACACAAUUAGGCAGCUGCCGCUGUUGAAUGCUUUGUUAAUUGAGUUGUCCUUGCUGUGCAACCAGCCUGUGGCCAGUCCCACUCAUGUGCAUCCUCACUUAGCCUGGCUGUAUAGAACUGAGCCCAGGGCGCCAGAAUCUUCUGCCAAAUCCACAUCCCAGGCUGAAUCAAAGAAGAAACUUGCUGUGGGAGAACUGGAAGAAAGUACCCUGCGAACAAAGAAUAAAGUUGAAAAUUCUAAGAAAGAUAAACAUUUUCACGAGAAGGUCAUUAGUAGCCCACCUCAGAGAGUUACAAAGGGGAGGCUGCUUUAUGGCUUAACAAACACGCUCCGGCUUCGUUUAAAGCAAACCAACCCUGAUAUGUUGAUGGUACAUGAAAAGAGAGAACAGCGCAGGAAAAUGCAGCUACAGACAUUGGGUAGAAAAUUCAGAGUUCCUCCAUGUAAAAACAAGCUGCCCAGUGUUGCAGAGCAAAGCCAGAAGCCUCCGGAACAGUGUAAAGACGUUUGUUUAGAUUUAAAUGUGUCUUUGGCUGAAAACAGUGAUACCUCAAAGCAAAUCAGUGGAAGUUUUGAUGAACACAGUACAACUACAGAAACUGAGGCAAACUGUGCUAAUGAAAAAGAGACCAUUGAUGGUGGUGAAAACAGAACCAGUAAUGCUUCAUUGGAAACAGCUGUGAGUUCUGCAAAUUCCAUCAUUCCAGGAAGAUUUCCUUAUGAAAAUGUUUUGGGAGGAAAAAUGGAAACAAAAUUCCAAAGACCAUGUGUUUCCCACCAGGAAAUUGUACGUAAAGAAGGUGAAAGAUACGUCAGGACCACAGAUAAUGACAGUUUUACUGCAGAUGUGAGUGAAAAUAGACUGAGCAGAAAUAGUUGCCGGGAGAGCUACUCAGAGCACAAAUAUUCAGACGAUUUUGCUAGCUCUUGCUACUCAGAAGAUUUCUGCUCUGCAGAGGAGAGUAGCAGAAGUUUGCCAGCUCAUCACCGAAGUGAAAGGGAAGAAAACCAGAAACACAGCUCAUGUGCCUGCAAGUCCGGUGAAGCAAAGCUGUCCACACGGGAAAAUAGCAGUGAAAAGAGUUCUGUUCUUAGCCCACCUUUUUCAGCUGGCUCACCAGUGCUGUCCUAUAAAAGAUCACAUAGUUUAAAGAGCCGGGACAAAAGUCUGGAGGAAGCAUCCGGGACCUCUGCCAGUGACUUAUCUUCUUCACGCUGGACAAAUGAAAAAGAAAACCAAGUAGACCAAAUUACUACACAUAAUUCUAAAGGUGUGAAGAGAAGUCAAGGCAUUUGUAUUAAACUUAAAACAAGAGUGGAUUGCAAGUCAUCAGAGAAAAGCCAGUCACCACAGACAUCUCAAGUGAGUUCCUACUUGCCAUCUAAGUUGUCAGAACUAGAACUCAAGGCCCUGGAUAGCAGUGUGUCUGAUCACUUUGAAGAAGACAAUGACGACCUUGGUUCACUGAGUAUUUCCAAACAAUGCAAAGAUAUCUGUGAGCUAGUAAUAAAUAAGCUUCCAGGAUACACAGUGUGAAAAUACGUGAUUUUAAAAGUCUAUUUUUACAACGUAUGUAUGCUAAAUGAAAAAAACUAUUUCAGUAUAUAAAUUAGUUGGUAGUUUGUUUUAAUUAAUGUAGUGUUAUUAUUGAUGUUUAGUAUCUUGCCCUUAAAUCUGAUCAUAUUGUGAAAUUACCUUUAAACUCAGGUAGGAUUUUUAAGUUGCUUACGAAUAAAAAGUAUGUCUUUGUAAA